AUCUAAACCUUCCAACGACCCCUAAUCUUUUACGUAUUCAUUGUCUCAAACUCAAGACACAAUCAUACUUAAAGUAACCCACUUGCCUAUUUGAGCAUAAAUGAUUAUUUUGGCACAAAAUUUCCUUCAAAGAUUCAUGUCCAUGCUUGAAGAUGAAAGCCUCUAAAGAACACAAGAACCAGAGGCUUCAACUGAGAGGAUGCAGGGCUUUGUGUUGCAAUUGCAGGCUUAGUGUCUCUUCUUCGGAGGAAGCAGAAAGCUUCAAUUCUGAUAGGUUUGCAUCGAUUUCAAGCCUAGCACACGCCAUGGUUCAAGAGAGGCUAGACCAGAUGAUUAGAGAAAGGCAGGAAACGGGGCAUAUAGAGAGAAGGCGGCAAAGAAGUGAAGGGACUAAAUUUGUUGUUAUGGUAGCCAUGGAAAAGUGCUCUUACGAUCCAAGAGAAGAUUUUAGAGAGUCUAUGGUUGAGAUGAUUAUGGUGAACCGGAUUCAAGAGCCCAAGGACCUACGCAGCCUCUUAAAUUAUUAUGUAUCAAUGAAUUCUGAGGAGUAUCAUGGGAUUAUACUAGCAGUUUUCCAUGAGGUUUGCACUAAUUUGUUUUUAUGUUGUCAACGCCAUUGAAAAACAAUGUGAUAUUUUUUCCUAGUAUACUGGUGUAGCAGUCUUGAACAAGAAUGAGCAAUUUAUA